AUGGGCGUGCCUCGCCUCGUCCGAAACAGCGUGAGGAUCUUUUAUUAUGAUGUUGAUUAUUAUCCGGCUCGUUUUCCGCGACUACCACUAUAUUUAUCUCCUUGACACUUUCCGCACAUGAAUUUAAAAGACGCAGGUGAUCAUUGUGAGGAAGCCCUGCCCACGGGCAACGAGACUACAGAAAACACACCAUGCGUCCCUGGACCGCCGUCCCGCGUUUUCUUCCAGGAAAACGGGGUUUUCAGUAAGGUUUCUUCGGAACGUUCCUUCAUUGAUCUGGUUCGUCAGCGGUUCCAUCACGUAUCAGCAUCAGUUAAUGCUUUCGGGGACGCAAAUCAACCUCAUGUUAAGUCCCCUCAUUUCAGUGGUAGAAAGAGAACACUACAGAAGAGUGGACCAGAUUUUACGCAUCUUAAUGAUGCGUCGGAUGACUCCGCAUCCUUGGAUUUGAAGAAAGGUCUCAGUUGCUCAGACAGUUUGAUUCAACUGAGUGGACGUGUGCACUUUAUGUAUGAGCGAAUUCUACGCAAUCACGUAGAGUCGACUCCGUCUAAAAGUCCGAGUUCCUCAUCAUCAAGUUCGGAUAGCUCAAUUUAUUCUUCCUGUGACGAUCUCUCCUCUGUGACGACGUCUUCCUCGACUUCAUCCUCCGGUUCAUUGGCUCCACCAGAGCCACCUGAUGGUGGUUGGGGCUGGAUUAUCGUGGUAGCUGCCUUCUUCGUUCACCUUAUAACCGACGGCGUACCCGUUGCCUUUGGAAUUUUUAUUGAAGACUUGUUUGAAGACUUUAACGUCACACUAAGCAUGACAUCCUGGGUGGGAUCAUUCGCUUUUGGAAUCCCCUGUCUGGCUGCACCGUUAGCGUCCGUUUUGAUAAGCAAAUUCGGUUGUCGCAGUGUGUGUAUAAUCGGGGGGUUUGUCAGUGCCAUUGGCUGCACCAUGUCUUUCUUCUCCAGGACCUUGUUUCAACUCAUUUGGACGUUUGGUGUUCUUUCGGGGAUUGGCUGCAGUCUUUCAUCUACGGCAGCUCUCAUCAUUGUGUCUCUCUAUUUCGAGGAUCAGCGGGCUACGGCUACUGGCCUAUCCAUUGCAGGCUCUGGGGUGGGAGCAUUUAUAUUUGCCCCAUUGGUCGAGAGACUCAUUUCGCUAUAUACCUGGCGAGGUGCCAUGCUAAUUCUCUCUGGUGUAUUUGCAAAUCUCAUUGUAUGCGGUGCACUCAUGCGCCCUAUAGAAACCCGAAAAGAAAGGAAAAAACGCCAACUUCUUGUCUGCAUGGAGAACUUCGCCAAAGAAUCAGGCUUCAAACUGCCCCAGGUUUACUUAAAUAGCGAAGAUGAGCGCACGGAUGUGCGAAUUCAUUUGCUCAGAAAAUUGUUAACGAGCCCCGUUUUUCCGGAGUCUUCUACUUCAUCUUCGAGUUCUUCAUUAGUCAAGCCUGGCUGUGAGCCAUCAAAAAAUCAGGCAGAAAAUCAACGCCGACGUAAUUCAUUGGAAUCCGAGACUCAGCCUCAGUCAUUGUCCUGUUCCUCAAACGCCUUGUGCUCAAAUUGCACUUCUUCCUCUGAUUACCAAAGACGGGUAGCGCGCAAGUCGCGCAUACAAAACGUGACUUUAGAAACCUUACCUGAGGAGGAAGCAUAUAUAGGCCCUUCUGGCGUGCGUUCCAUCCAUUUGGAGGAGCCUAGCCACCAAACUCCACCUGUACAAAGUGCCGAUUCCAGCGAUAAAUUUGCAAACGGUUUUCUCCACUCAAAACUAUCUCAUUUUCUCGAGGACCUGCACAAAUCAAAACGAUGCACUUGGCCCCCUUAUCCUUCCGCACAUGAAUUUAGAAAUCAAGACUGGCCGAGCAAACGUUUUCGGCUUUUGAGUUACGAGCCAAUGGGAAAGUACGUAUUUGCCGUGACAAGUUGCGAACGGCUCGUGUGUAUGAAAAAUUCAAAACCUCGGGAAGUCGUCCCUUCCACAGGCGGCGCAGAAUCUGGGAUUUUAGGUUCAUCCGUACCCGAGCUCCAUUGUCCAAACCCGCCGUUAACAGCUUCGGGACGGCUCCGCACAAAUAAUCCGCACUCAUUGUGCAAACCACACCAGUUGCAUCAGCCGGCCAAUUGUCUCGAUGACCCGCCAGCAACAACCAGAACCGACAUUGGGUCCCAGCCCAAAAGCAAUCGAGUUAAUUCUUCAACUACGGCCGUCGAGGACUCCCGAAUGGCACAACAACACAAAUAUAGUCUGGCAGCCUUUCGUGACUCAAUCACACACCUCCAUCCGCUAUACUCGCGCACAAAACGUUCUGUGUUUCAUCAGUCUGUGGCGUCUCGCUCGUCAGCUGUCGAUCGUUUGCGGGCAGCCCUCAGCAUGCCUGACCUUGUUUCGACCCAGAGGGGGGACUCGUGCUCUGAAAAGAGCAGCUCGUACGCCUCAGGUCACAAUGUCUUCCAUUGCCAGCGUAGUUGCCUUCGUCGUACCAGGACCGCUCUGUUGCGUCACUUUACCUAUGCUGUAGAUAUCAGCCUCUUAAAGGGCAUGCCAUUUAGCAGCUUCCUACUCUCCACUCUGUUACUUUUCUUCUGGUGUAACGUGGCAUACUUUUUCCUGGCCAUAUAUGCUGUGCAAAAGGACAUUUCAUACACAAUGGCCGCAAUUCUCUACUCAAUAAUGGGAGCCUCUGACAUGGUCGGGGAGAUCGCCUUCGGCUGGACUGCUGACCAAGAAUGGUGCAAUAUCGUUUUUCUCUACUUCUGUGGUGUUCUCGUUUGUGGUGUAUCGACGAUGCUAGUCCCCUUGGCAACCAACUUCCCAGCUCUUGUUUGUUACAGCAGUAAGUUUGGGUUUUUCAAUUAGCAUGUUUUGCCUUUCAUAAAAGGUUGUUGGCAUUCCCCGCUCCCUAAUAAUAAUUGUAGGCAAUUGUACGGUAACCCCUGCAUCUUAACACACGGGCAUUUCACCGAAAUCUGUACAACAGGCAGCUGCUUUGUCUUCCCUCUCUCAAAUACUCGGGCUGCAGUAAGCGGCGAAGGGUACCUCGAUUUAUACGCACGACUGCCAAGUGCGGCUACAGCAGCCCAUGUAUAACUCCCAGCCAAGCGCUUGAUGUCUUGCGAACUGUUUUUCCUUGAAGUAAUGGCGGUUUUUUGAGAAAUUACAUCCUCAUAUGUGUUAGUGACGCAAGACACUUUGACUAAAAUAAUUUUCUUCGCAAUAGCGUUUAUAGUCUAAACUGAAAUUGAUGUGCAGAUUUGGAGGUCUUUGCAAUGCGGCCGAGCCCAAAAGUGGCCCGUCGGCGAUUCCUCUGGAAAGUCAAACACUAAGUUCAACCGAAUUAAUUACACUUUCGAAGCUAGAGUACUACCAGGAACCUCCGACCCCUUGCGGUUCCACAGGUGAGCCUAGUCCCUCGCCGUUGCAUCUUAUGGCGGUAGAGAGUUGACGAACCGCGUGUCGGAACUUUCAUAUACCUAGCCUGGUGGGCGUAUGGUAUUUCCAAACUUAUUCAAACCUGCAAUACAUGCGAGUUUUUCAAAAGUAUUGCACCAUUUGAUGUGCUUCCUUAUCUGUCCAUGACCAUAUUCUCGGGUUUAUGAAAGCAUUCUUGAUGAACCAAUGAACUGGACAACUUUAGAAGUAUCUAGGACAUCUGAAAGCCCGGGUUUUGUGUCAGAAGUAGAGGUUUUCCGCAAACAGCAAUUAUUUCCUCAGGGACUACCAUAUGUAAUAGAGGAAACACAUCCAGAACGAUUUUAUCGCUGGGUGUAGUUAGUUAACGGAUUUGAUUUACAGACUAUUGCAGAGUCCAUCGGUGUAAACAGUUUUAAACCCAGGGUAUCCUAUGCCUCCAUAAAUUUGGUUGUAACUUCUGUUAGUCCAAGCAAGGGAUGUUUCGCCAGUUCUUUCUGAGAAGAGUAAUUACCUUCGUAUAGAGAUAGAAAGGCGAAGGUAUGAUACUUAGCUAACAACUUCGUUUUCAGUUGGAUCCUGAUUGAAAUCAGUAUGCCGGAAUAUAUCAAUUUUUUCAAAGAGAACGUAGCUUGGAUUUUGGACGAGAAGCUACCUAGGGCGGUAUAACUGCCUAUUUUACUCGGCAGUCCAAGGAAUUAGCUUCCCUUCUUAUUUUGAAGGAGGAACUUGGAGACUUAAACUCGGGAAAUGUUUGCAAGACAGGUAGGGGGAAUUACAUGGACCAUUUCCGGCCAUCUGACGUCGUAAACCGGUCAGGCCAAAAAGAGUCUGGGCUGGAACCCAUGCUCCUUGGACACUAGUCAUUAAAGUCAGAGCUGUUCCUAUUAAGGAACAGACUCAGAUCCCCUUGGCUACGGUGAAGGAUAUUGAAGUUUACAUCUAAGUGCUCGACAGCUGCAAAGAAGCCAGCAACGGCGGACUUCAGGGUGGCGUUGAUUUGAGUCCUCGGUACUACUGCAACGCAGUUUUGGUGGCAUUAUUUACCUUAGAUAACUUUCUUUUUUUAGUUUUCUUUGGAUUUACGAUGGCCGCCAAUGAUUCGCUCUGCACAAUUUUCGUCAUCGAAUUUGCCGGCCUAAGUCGGCUAGUGAGUGGACUCGGUCUCUGUCUUUUUUGUCAGGGAAUCGCAAUGAUCCUUGGACCACCCUUUAUUGGUGAGUUGUCGGAUGUAUUCCCUUGUCUUUUGUCGAUUUCCAUUGGUUAUUCGAAUAACUAUGUGCACGUGACCUCUCUUGGGUGUGUUUAAACUUGCCAUUUCGGCCAUCGCAAACAACGACAUCCGAUGCGUAUCCCACGGAGUGAGUGCAGCAUUGUUGACUUGCGCGUGAAUUCGUCUACAGUGAGGCCUCUGUCUCACUCCCUCUUCUCUCUCACACACACACACACUUUAUUCUGAUGGCAAGACAAUGUCGGGACGACCGGAAGUGAGCGCGUUCGCAGUGGCUUACAAAACCAAACAGCCGGUCUUCUCGUGCCACAGACAAUCUGGUCCUCAUUACACGCACCAGGCUUCAGUAGGAGGGCUCGAAUCUCAUGCUCAGGAAUAUCAUAAAGGCAGCAUUUAGGUGGAUCUGCCGCAUCCGGACUCAGUCCUCGUUAUCUUGUCGGUUGGUAGCCUCCCAAGCCAUGACUUUCAGCGAAUCAGAUUUGUCAUAGUGAGGAAUGGGCGGACUUGUCGUGGGGACAGAUUUCCCAGGGUCUGCCUCACGCCAGCCUCCCUCCCUCACGCUCCCGUCGACCUCCCGAGCCUGUUGACACCUUUAUAUCACGUGUUUUCUGGUCAGCCGAAUUUAUCUUACCUCGGUAGCCGCAUCAUGCCACACUGAGAAUGCUCACUGAUUGCUCAUCACUGUGUGAAUGCGUGAAUCUCAUGGGCAGCAGGAACCAUGAGUUUGUCGAUGUCAUUCAGAAAUACUUGGUUGACAAAACGGAAGCACUUCUCGAACCGAAAAAUAGGUUUGUUUCAGCAUGAGCAAUGAGUCUGCAGUAAUAGCUUACUGUAUGGACGAAUCCCUUCAACUAAGAGUUGGGAUUUGGUGUCAAAAAAUCGCGAGCUUGGGCAACCUUUGACGGAUGCGGAACCAUGUCACCGAAGCAAGUAUGGUAGUCGACGAACUGUGCCAACCAGCUAAUAUGCAGGCAAAUGUGGGGACCGUGUAUGAUGUUAAAGUAGCCAAGGCAAUCAAAAAAUACACUUUCGGUGGUCUCCCCCACAACGUGUGCAGUUGAUCCCACGUUGCAAGUUAUCGACAUCACAAAUGAUUGCAUUCCGCUGCCGUCAGUCAGUGGGCGAUAACUGCGCAGAGUUAAACAAGUUGUUACAUCAGCCACACAAACUCUAGACCCCCCUCCUCCCGGCAAAACAUUCGUUAAGGCUCUGUUUUCAGCACAACGACCUAUGUGUUCAGUUGACCACCGCGACACCGUCGCCAACCACGGCGGAUUCGCAUAUAAUUAAAGACUAAAUGGUCGUGAAUGGAGGCGAAAGUUCGAGCUCCAAGUGUAUCUAUGGGUAAAGGAGAGGACUGCUCGAACACCGAAACAGCUUGCCAACAAAUUUACUUCACUUUUGGGCAGAUUAAGGGAACUCCAAUGCGCUUACCGGCUUCCGGCUUAUGUGGCAGAACGGGUCCUACAGGAGUUAAAGAAGAUUGCAUUCAUCCAGCCUGGACUGGUAUUUUGGCGCCGUCACGUAGACGACACGUUUUUUACCAUAAAGAUGAAUAUGCAAUAAAAUUUCUAGAACCUGCUCAAUGCAGUUCUCCCCGAGGGAAGAAGAAGGGGAGCAGCAGUUGUCCUUCCUUGAUGUGGCCUCCAGACGAAAUCUUAACAAUGAACUUAAAACGACGGUUUAUAGGAAGACAAUGAACACCACAUAACGUCUCAGUUUUCACAGCAACCAUCCAGUGGCUCACAAACGAACUUGUGUGAAAACGUUCUUCAAACGGACCCAGGCUAAUUAGUGCAAACCGGAGGGAAGAACACGUGAGGCUCGUAAUCUUCGCGAUCAGUUUUUGCGAAAUGACUAUCUGAGGGCAUUUAUAUGUCGCUGCCCACGCGGCCACCCGUAGAGGACUCAAACGAAAACACCGCCAAGAAUAUGACAUUAUCUCUUGCACUCUUAAGACCGUUUUUGAAGCGACGAGCGCGUUGCUGUGGAACUAUGUGCUGGAAUUGCACACUGUCCCAAAGCCACCAUGCGCAGCAGGACCAUGAAAAUAAAAGAUCUGUUAGAUCUUGAGGAGCCAUCCGGGGUAGCGUAUCACAUCCCAUGCCAAAACAGUCCUUGUAGCUACACAGGUCGGACUGGACGCAUGCUAGAAUCGCGCAUACGUGAACGUAAACUGGUUUUGUGAAAAGACGACGAAUUAUCACAAGCAGUUGCCCACACCUACGAAACCUGUCAAGAGUUCGUAACCACCAAGAUAAUCAUCCACGCCGAAGAUAAAAAAGACCGAGAACUGAUUGAAGCCUGGGCCUCGAGAACCCAGUCAAUCGAUUUAUCGAUCUGGCGCUGACGUACAAAGCCUUGCACAGUCACCUCUAGCCUUUCGUCAUUGAUCAGUGAUUGGCCAUCACCCCCUCUUACUGUAGUUCGUUUUGUUGUUGCUACUAUCCUUGACGAUGGACUCUUGCACGGGUCCUGAAGCUCAAAAUGAAAACUGUUCCGGUGCUCAACCAGUCUUCUUUAGAGUGAGAGAGAAAGAGUUUUUAAGUGUGAUUUCAAGUAAAAAAAGACUACUUCAGUGAGUCAGGCAUACUGCUUGUCAUGGAACAUACAGUAGAUGUGCUAACUCAUGAAAUGUCAACCAAAAUUUCGAAAUGCGUUCUUGUUUCGAAAAGAUAAAGUAAGUAGUGUUGUAAAACUAAUCAUGAUGCAGCACAAAUCUAUAAUGAUCCAGUUACCUCAGGCUUUCGAAAGAACUUAUUUUCGGCUGCAUGCAAGAUCUACACUCUGCAAAAAAUGACUACUUAUGUAGUAUGCAAUUUUCUCAUUGAUUUUCGAUGCCCUUGAAGAUUUAAUUAUAUUUCAUGGAAAACAUGCAUACAAAUAUUCAUUCCUUUACUUAUUCGGUAGAAAAUUACGUCUUCUUCCGAUUUCAUUCUCAAAAGAAGAGUAUAAUUCAGUUUUAAUAAAGUUUUUAAUUGUGAGAUUUUUUAAUACCGUUAAAUGGCCGUUCAUGAAACGUCAUGUAUCUGCAUUUACGAAUAUGGCUUGUAAAGUUAACAAUAUUGCUCAAAUCCACUGCUUAAUUUUAUGAACCUCAUAUGGUCUCCUCUUUACGCCGUAGAGAAAUGCAUGGUUUUCCGUACACGGAAAAUAUGCAGCUUGUAGUUUUGAAACCCUGAAUGCAAGUGUAACAGCAGGUCGGUUUCAAAAUUAUUCGGGAAUUAGAACAGUUUUUUGAAACCGAAUUAUACCCUUCUUUUGAGUAUGAAAUCGGAAGGAGUUGUGAUUUUCUACCGAAUAAGUAAAAGAAUGAAUAUUUUGAUGCAUGUUUUCCAUGAAAUAUAAUUGAAUUUUCAAGGGCAUCGAAAAUCAAUGAGAAAAUUGCAUGUUACUUAAGUAGUCAUUUUUUGCAGAGUAUAGAUCUUGCAUGCAGCCGAAAAUAAGUUCUUUCGAAAGCCGAAACCCCGAGGUAACUGGAUCAUUAUGGAUUUGUGCUGCAUCAUGAUUAGUUCUACAACACCACUUAAUUUAUCUUUUCGAAACGAGAACGCAUUUCGAAAUUGUGGUUGACAUUUCAUGAGUUAGCACAUCUACUGUACCUCAGGUCAUCCAACAUUAGACACUUGUUUUUGAUUGACCUCUUCCGAACCACAUGCGCAGGCAACACUCGUCUCACUAAAAGUAAUGGUAUUUUUAAGUUAAUUCUUUGUGUUAGUAUGAACUCACUUAUAUUUUGUGGAAGCUACACAAGCAUCUCACCUCAUUAAUGUUGUAUGAUUUAUCAUGCAACGUUGAACUUCCUGCCCUUGUGAAAAGAGCCCCUGAUAAUCACAAACUAUCACCGUAAACGUCGAUCUCGCUGUGUACUUCGAAAGCAUGAUCAAUAAAUACGUAAAUACUAGGCGCAAGGCCAAUAGUGCGGGCUCUCCAUCAUCGUUCCUAAGAAAUACACACCUCGAAAGUAGACGGAUAAAAUAAACAGGUCGUUGAUAGUGAGCUUUUGCUCGUAUAUUUGACGCGGUAGGGUGUGGAAGUACUCAUUCAAAGCAAGCAUGUUUAACGUCAGUUACAAUUGUGAACUCUUUUAGUUAAAAAACCACACCAGUCACAUUUUCAUGAGUCCCUACGUCUGUCAUGUGGUCGUUCAUCUUAAACAAAAUCGUGCGGACGACUCCGGAGUUUAAAAUGUAAGCGCCGCCAAGCAAACCCUGUUAGUGGCAAUGAAUGCCCUCUGAGCUCACAGUCAUGUCCUGCGUUCGCUUAGAAGGAUCAUCUUGACCAGGUUCUCGCCUAUUCCUCGUCCACUCAGUUUACCGGUUUGAGACCAACUCGAUGGGGCCGAGCGUGCCUUUUCUCACCUUGCUGAACCCAAGUUAGCAAGAGUUGACUGUAAACCUGUUUUCUGCCUCGCUGUCUACGCUCGUCGUGGCUAACAUGCCAACUGCGCUUACGAUUUUACUGUUUUCUGAUGGUAAUGGAAAAUGAUUGUUCGGGACGCUUUGGAUCUACAGCGUCCAACUGACCGGUGAAGUCCUCACGAAGUCCAACAAAUUGCCUGAGAAUCGACGUAAGCACGUGUUUGCUGUUUCUCCAUAUCGCAACCCCACGCAAGUAAUCCCUUCGCUUUUAAAUGACAUUUUAAAAUGUCAGCUUGUUAUUCGCACCGGAACUCUGUCGAGUAAAGCCAGUGGGACCGGCUGCGAGUACAUACGUACGGUCAUUCACGAAAAUACAGCAGAUGUGCUAACCUAUGAAAUGUCAACCGAAAUUCUAACAUGCGCCGUCGACUCGAGAAGAUUACAUGAAUAUGGUUGCAAUAUUAAUUACCGUGCGGCACAAUCCCGCGAUAUUUCAGUUCCUUCGGGAUGCCGACCUUUGAACUAAUUUAUUUCCGGCCGCCUGCAAAAACUGGACUCCGUAAAAAACGACUACUUAAGUGGUAUGAAUUUUUCUCAUUGAUUUUCGGUCUUUGUAAAUCCAAGCAUGCUUAAUAGAAAGCACGCAUCAAAAUACUCAUUCUUUUACUCAUUUGGAAGGAAAUUACGUCUCCUUUCAAUUUUAUACUUGUAGGAAGGGUAUAGUUCGGUUUUAGAAAAAGUUUCUAACUGUGUGAUUUUUUAGACUGUGAAAUGCCCGUUCAUAAAACGUCGUGCCUCUUCAUUUACUAGUGUUCCUUGUAAAGUUUACAGUAUAACUCAAAUCCUUUGCCAGAUUUUAUGAACCCCAUAUGGUCUCCUCUUAAUAGCGUAUAGAAAUGUAUGGUUUUCCGUGCACAGAAAAUAUACAGCUUGUAGUUUGGUGAUCUUGAAUGCAGAUGUAACGGCAGGUCGGGUUCAAAUUAUUCAGGAAUCGGAAAAGUCUUCUAAACCAAAUUAUACCCUUUCUUCAAGUAUAAAAUUCAAAGGCGUAAUUUCUACCAAAUGAUCAAAAGAAUGGAUAUUUGUAUGCAGGCUUUCCAUGAAAAAUUUAAAUAUAUAAGGGAAUUAAAAAUCAAUGGGAAAAAUUCAUACCACUUAAGUAAUCACUUUGUACAUAGUGUAGUUCUUGCAUGCGACCGGAAAAAUGUUUGUACAAAAGCCGGCAUCCUGUAGUAACUGAAAUAUCUUAGGAUUAUGUUGCACAGUAAUUAAUAUUAAAACCCUGCUCAAGUAAUCUUUUGAAGUUAGAAAUGCAUUUCAGAAUUUCGGUUAACAUUCCAUGAGUUAGCACAUCUACUGUAAGUACACACCCAUUGUAGUAUGUCCGAAAAAUCUACACUAAAGCAGCAAGAUCUAAGUUUAAAACAUAUGAUAAGAUUUAAAAAGCAUUUCACAGGGUGCAAUUAUACUGGGAGAAAACAAAGAUAAAUGCCAGUUAGGUCAGUCGAUCGACCGGCUAAAUAACUGAUAGUGUCAGAAAAAACAAUAACUUACUUUUCUGUCACGAAGCCCCCUGCUGACACAGGAAUUUGCAUCGCCGUACUACGAGUGGCCUUUUGCUAAAGUCGGGGGAUACUUGUUCUUGUGUCCUAACUUUUAAACUCAUAACCCUAAAACUAACCCCCUUGGCCUUUGCCCUAGUCCCGACUGCCGUAACACUAGCUCUAAACAUAAUCUUCCCAGAAAUCUACCACAAGACGUAAUUUUCUAACUAGCGAACAAAAGAACGAAUUUUGUAAGCACGUUUUCCAUGAAAUUUAAUGGCAUCGAAAAUCAAUGAGAACAGUUCGUGCUAUCUGAGUAGUCGUUUUGUGCAGAGUAUGGUUUCUACAUGCGGACGUGGAAAAAUUCGUUCAAAAGUCAGCAUCUCGCGACAACUGAAAUAUUAUACAAUUAUGCUAAACAAUGAUUAAUUUUAAAUCCCUACUCAAAUAAUCUUUUUGAAACGAAAACGCAUUCAAGAAUAUCGGGUAACAUUUCAUGAGUUCGCACACUUACUCUACAUUUGGAUGUAGGUAGAUUGACUUGACGCAAAGACUAAUGGCAGUUUGGCCAGUCGAUCGCCCGUCUAAAGAGCUGAUAGUGUCAGAAAAAACAUCUACCUGCUUUUCUGUCGUAAAGCUCCAUGCGGACACAGGAAUUUGCAUCCCGGUAUUACGAGUAGCCUUUCGCCAAAUUCAGGGGGGUACUUGUACCUGUGUCCUAACUUUUAAACUCACACCCCUAGCUCCAACCCUCAAAGCCUUUGUCUUAAUUCCAACCGCCCUAAAUCUGCCCUCUAAACAUAACACUCCCUGAAAUUUAGCACAAGGUCACCCAUAAUACAAAAGUUCAUUGUCCUGCACCCCCUUCUAGAAACUCCUUCUAGACAACGGACAUACCGCUGGCCAAAAAUUAGUCUGCAUUCACAGAAAGCAACAUGUUUGACCGGGGGGGAAAGGUUGUCCACAUGCAGGGGCUAGAUAAAACCUGAAUUUUGGGACAGUUUAGACGCAUCGAGAAUGUAGCUCUGCCUCGAUAAUCCCCAUCGUGCCACUUUGUUAUGGCGUGCGCCGAUCCAUCCGGAUUUCGGAAAAUACAAAACCUUCCGAUAAGGCAAGAGGGAGGACGAAAAUCCAAAAACUUCUUUCGAACACAACUUAUUCUACGACAAAGAUAACCGUACUCUGACUACGCCGAAGGGCGUGCGAAGUGGUUGACCACGAGUCUUCUAUAGGCCACUCGGGAUUCCGCCCUGUCACCAUAUCCCAGACAGACAACAUACUUCCUAAUAAUGAUGGUUGUAUAAAGCGCUCGGAAGCAAUAAGGCGAUUUAUGUGGACAGGUCGCGGGCCCUUCCUAACCUUCCUGUCCUUCUUUCACGCUUUCAUACCUUUUCCCUCAUUCGCUUUUAGGUUUCAUAAUCGAUUCUACUGGCUCUGACUCUCUUGCCUUCGCAGUGGGCGGUGCCGGUAUUGUGGCCUCGGCCCUUGUCAUGAUCCCGGUCAUUGUCCAGGAGCAGCGUAGACGGAUCGCUAGACGCCGUCGGCGGGCCCUACGUAUGCAGAUGAAGAGAACCGGUUCCACUGUGAGCUCUGCUGGGGAAGUACAUCCGUCUCUGCAGCAAUCUUCGCAGCUGACGGUCCCCGACCAGUCCCCCUAG